AUGAAUCAGCGCCCACAGCCCACGCCGCAUCUCACCUUCGCGAGUCGGUAUAGUUUCGUUGGUAUUGCUUGCAGUACAAGAUACCCUGAAGCAAUCAACCCCAUUGCUCACGACUGCCAAAAACGGAAAUAUAUAUACAACUUCCCUAUCUGCCCAGGGACACCAGAAAGGCAAUUGCGAUCUAUGUCGGACAAAAUGACGGAAACUACCAACGACGACCACGAGAAAAGGGACCAGCCCCUCGAAGCUGUCGAACCAAAACGAAUCUCCUACUGGCGCAAAAUUGUCGAUCAGGCAGGCAUUACCCCCGAAGUCGAGAACCAUCCGUAUCGCGGCUCCGGUACAGAGGAAGACCCCUACCUCAUCUCAUGGAUCCCCCACGACCCGCGCAACCCCAUGCUCUUCUCUGUAUUCACAAAAUGGUUUAUUACUAUGACGAUGGCUAUUUGUACGCUCGCAGUCGCUCUCGGUUCCUCCGUGUACAGCGGUGGUAUUCUGCAAAUCAUGGCCGCGUUUAAAAUUGAUCAGGAGGUUGCCGUUCUGGGUAUUUCGUUGUUCGUGCUGGGUUUCGCGAUUGGACCUUUGAUCUGGGCGCCUAUGAGUGAGUUGUUUGGUCGACAGGUGACCUUCAUCAUCACCUAUGCCAUGCUUACUGCUUUCAAUGCUGCAUGCGCCGGUGCUCAGACUUCAUAUGCCUUGAUUAUUCUACGAUUCUUUGCCGGCGCCUUUGGUUCCUCCCCGCUCACCAAUGCCGGUGGUGUCAUUGCCGAUAUGUUCCCCGCUUCCGAUCGAGGUCUGGCCAUGAGCUUUUUCGCUGUUGCUCCCUUUUUGGGUCCUGUGCUGGGCCCUGUUAUUGGCGGUUUCUUGGGCGAGUAUGCGGGUUGGCGCUGGGUGAUGGGUUUCAUGGCUGCGUUUUCCGGUCUGCUUUGGAUUGCGGGAUCUACGCUCAUUCCAGAGACUUAUUCACCUGUCUUGCUUCGCCAACGCGCCAAGAAGUUGUCCGAGAUGACGGGCAAGGUUUAUUUGACAGAGAUGGACGCGCUGCGAGGCAAGGUCACACUUACCCAGGCUCUCAAGACUUCCCUUUCCAGACCGUGGAUUCUGUUGUUCAAAGAGCCAAUUGUCUUGCUUCUCUCCAUCUACUUGGCCAUCAUCUACGGAACAUUGUACAUGUUGUUCAGUGCAUUCCCUAUCGUCUACAUUGGAACCCGUGGCUGGAGCCAGGGCAUUUCCGGUCUUGCUUUCCUUGGUGUCAUGGUAGGCAUGUUGAUGGCCGUCGCCUACAGUAUUUGGGACAACAAUCGUUAUCUGAGAGAAGAAGAGAAAGAAGGCGGAUUUGCAGCACCCGAGUCUCGUCUGCCUCCUUGUCUUGUUGGUUCUAUUGCUCUUCCUAUCGGUUUGUUCUGGUUUGCUUGGACAAACUACCCAUCAAUCCACUGGAUGGUUAGUAUCGCUGCAAGUGUUCCAUUCGGUUUUGGAAUGGUCUUGGUCUUCCUCAGCGUCAUGAACUAUUUGAUCGACUCGUAUACUAUCUUCGCUGCAUCCGUACUCGCUGCAAACUCCGUGCUUCGUUCGCUCUGUGGUGCUGCUUUCCCUCUGUUCGCUACUUACAUGUACAGGGAUCUGGGUAUUCACUGGGCCUCAACCAUCCCCGCCUUCUUGGCCCUGGCCUGUGUCCCAUUCCCGUUCCUCUUCUACAAGUACGGCAGCAGGAUCCGUGAGAAGUGCAAGUACGCCGCCGAAUCAAUUGCCUUUAUCCGCAGACUGCACCAAUCAGCGCAACAACAAGCAGAAACAGAUGGCGAGAAGAACGAAGAGGCCAAUUUUGACCGCGCUGAAGCCCCCGCACCUCACGAUAUCAGCUCUGAGUCUGAGGCAGAAGAAGAAACCGAACCCGCUCGUCGCAUGUACUCCCGCGCUUCCACUCGAACCGCGAGCAGCGCUCACGGCAGGGUUGAAUAUGAAGGCAACCCCUACGACAUUGAUCGUGUCAACACCAAAGACUCAGACUUCAGCCUUACUUCGCCUAAAAAGUCUGCUCCACAAUAG